AUGGGGUGCAUUAAAAGCAAAGAAGAUAAAGGUCCAGCCAUGAAAUACAGAACUGAUAAUACUCCAGAACCUGUUAUUUCCCAUGUCAGCCAUUAUGGAUCAGACUCCAGCCAAGCAACACAGUCGCCAUCAAUAAAGGGAUCAGCAGUUAAUUUUAAUAGUCAUUCCAUGACUCCUUUUGGAGGGCCCUCAGGAAUGACACCCUUUGGAGGAGCAUCAUCUUCAUUUUCAGCUGUGCCAAGUCCAUAUCCUAGUACUUUAACAGGUGGUGUUACUGUAUUUGUGGCCUUAUAUGAUUAUGAAGCUAGAACUACAGAUGACCUUUCAUUUAAGAAAGGUGAACGGUUCCAGAUAAUAAAUAACACGGAAGGAGACUGGUGGGAAGCAAGAUCCAUUGCUACGGGAAAAACAGGCUAUAUUCCAAGCAAUUAUGUAGCUCCUGCAGACUCCAUUCAAGCAGAAGAGUGGUAUUUUGGCAAGAUGGGCAGGAAGGAUGCAGAAAGGCUACUGUUAAAUCCUGGGAACCAGCGUGGUAUUUUCUUAGUAAGAGAGAGUGAAACCACUAAAGGUGCUUACUCCCUUUCCAUACGUGACUGGGAUGAGGUCAGAGGUGAUAAUGUGAAACACUACAAAAUCAGAAAACUUGACAAUGGUGGAUACUAUAUCACAACCAGAGCACAAUUUGAAUCUCUGCAGAAGCUGGUGAAACACUACAGAGAACAUGCCGACGGGCUGUGUCAUAAGCUAACAACUGUGUGUCCCACUGUGAAACCACAAACACAGGGACUAGCAAAAGAUGCCUGGGAAAUUCCUAGAGAAUCUUUGAGGCUGGAAGUUAAGUUGGGUCAAGGAUGUUUUGGUGAAGUAUGGAUGGGAACAUGGAAUGGAACCACAAAAGUAGCAAUCAAGACACUAAAACCUGGUACAAUGAUGCCCGAAGCUUUCCUGCAGGAGGCUCAGAUUAUGAAGAAAUUACGACAUGACAAACUUGUUCCACUAUAUGCCGUUGUUUCUGAGGAACCAAUCUACAUCGUCACUGAAUUCAUGACAAAAGGCAGCUUGUUAGACUUCCUUAAAGAAGGAGAAGGGAAAUACUUAAAACUCCCACAGCUGGUUGAUAUGGCGGCUCAGAUUGCUGAUGGCAUGGCUUACAUUGAAAGAAUGAACUACAUCCACAGGGAUCUCCGGGCAGCUAACAUUCUUGUAGGAGACAAUCUCGUGUGUAAAAUAGCAGACUUUGGUUUAGCAAGGUUAAUAGAGGACAAUGAGUACACUGCAAGACAAGGAGCUAAAUUUCCAAUUAAAUGGACUGCUCCAGAAGCAGCGUUGUAUGGUCGGUUUACAAUCAAGUCAGACGUGUGGUCAUUUGGAAUUUUACUGACAGAGCUGGUAACAAAGGGGAGAGUGCCAUAUCCGGGGAUGGUGAAUCGGGAAGUUCUGGAACAAGUGGAGCGUGGAUAUAGGAUGCCUUGCCCACAAGGCUGCCCAGAGUCUCUUCAUGAGUUAAUGAAACUGUGUUGGAAGAAGGACCCUGAUGAGAGACCAACAUUUGAAUAUAUACAGUCUUUCUUGGAGGACUACUUUACUGCUACAGAACCACAGUACCAGCCUGGAGACAAUUUAUAAGCCAACAGUCUAUAUAACAUGCACAAAUCUGCCAAAUGUAAAAGACUUGCAAAGAAUUCCUGACUUCUAUAAGGAAUCAAAGGAAAAAAAAUCUUCGCUACUUUGCAUGCUCUUAAUGGCAAACUGGAAUUUCAUAAUGCAGUUGCACAAAACCACUUUUAAAGUGUUAUAAUCUAAUUUACCAAUGACAUGUUUUUAUUUUUUUUCCUCUUUCCCAACUUAUUUUCAGGGUCCAAAGGAAGCUUACUGAAAAUACGGGGUAGAAAAAUGAGUGUUGGUGUGAACAAUAGCAGAAAAACCAAUGUUUCAAAUCCUUUAUUUUCCCAGCAUUUGAUAAUCAUUCUACUGAAGAGGGAAUUGUCUGGAAUUAGGGAUCUUGGGGUAAGAUAUUUUUAAAGCAGAAGAACUUUGUGGGACCAAGCAAUUCUAUUCCAGUUCUGUAAAACUCCCUGUGUUCAAAAUGACGCGUGUAUGCCCCCCCUCCCUGCAAAGAAAAAGAUGGUACAACUAUAUUUGAUAUAUAGUCUUGGUCUUUAAGCUUCCUCUUGCAUGGACUUAAUUAGGGUAGGCAGGUUAAAAGAGAAAUCAGAACAGUGAAUGACAAACUUGAUCUAAAUGGUAGGCCUCAAUAGUGAAAUUAGAGAGCAUAAUGCACUGUGUUAAUACUUGUAUUAAUAUAACUGGAAAGUAGCAUGAGAGAUUUUUCUUUUUUUCUUUCUGCAUAGCUAAUCAAGAAUAAUGAAGGUAACUAGAAAAUGAGGUAAUAUUUUAUAAAAUUGUGUUGACAAGGUAUGAUGAUAUUUGAACUUGAAGCUAUGUAAUACAAUCAGGGGGGGAAAGCCUUUAAUCUUUUAAGCUCCAAUCCAACAGCGAGGUUUUGUAUGGGAAGACUACCUAAACAAAGCUCACCAGGAAAGCAAGACUGAAGCUGGUAAAGGGCCACUUUUUAGUCCUUUUUCAGAGACAGGUUUGGUACUGUUGUACGUGGCUUAUAUUGUGUUAACAAGGGUGGGUGCCACAAAUGCUAGCUGUCACUAGUUCAGGAUUUGAUUGCACUUUUGCUUUUCUUGACUAUUAAGACACACUGACACGCAGUUGCUCUUCCCACUUCUGCCCUUCCUACAGAAUUAUUUAACUAAAAAUAAACAAAAGAAAAUGUGAAAAUUUAAAA